GCCGUGGCUCCUACGAACUACUCCGGUGAGGGCUCUGCUUAAAGGGGUAGUUGGCAGUUUGUGACCUUGCGGAGGUGAAGGGAGUCGGGCGAAGAGGCAGAUCAGUUACAGACUACGCGGUGUAAGGACAGAGCCUCCAGUCCCUCCGGGGAGAGCCGCGUGGAUUGUGUCGUGGGGGCUGUUCUGCAGAGGCAAUUGAGACGCGACGCUGAUAUUCUUCGGGAGGGGGGCUGGGAUAAUGGCCUCGGGGUUCUGGAAGUCCCUGGAAAUAUGUGCAGAAUUUUGCAUUUGUGGAUAAUUUUCUUUGGAAAGGGGCCAUACUUGGCGUGACACCCGCCCCCCCCCUUCCCUUUCCCUUUUAAGGUUUAGAACUACUUGAGUUGAGAAGGACCGUUCAAUUACAGGAAGGUACUAUAGGAUUUUCAAGUGGGUGGUUCCUGCAGAAAGCUCUUUUAAAGUUUUUGGAGCCCUGAGGGAUACAGCAGUUUGGACAAUAUUGUUUUAACAUGCUUCAGAUAAAUCAGGAUGAGUCCCUUCCAAUAGCAGGGAAUAGGGAAAGGUGAGCCAGCAAAAGAGACAUAGAAACUGUGUCCAAGUCAUUUUCUGGGACCAGGGAUGGAAACGGAUUCUUCUAUGGAGAGACUUGCCUUGGCAGCCUUUUUAUUUACAGCUUCUCUCCAAGAUAAAAUGGCAACCCCCAAAGAGAAAACUCCAAUGUGUCUGGUAAAUGAGUUAGCCCGUUUCAAUAGAGUCCAACCCCAGUAUAAACUUCUGAAAGAAAGAGGGCCUGCUCAUUCGAAGAUGUUCUCAGUGCAACUGAGUCUUGGGGAGCAGACAUGGGAAUCCGAAGGGAGCAGUAUAAAGAAGGCCCAGCAAGCUGUCGCUAAUAAGGCUUUAGCUGAAUCUACGCUUCCCAAACCAGUUCAGAAGCCACCCAAAAGUAAUGUUAAUAAUAACCCAGGUAGUAUAACUCCAACUGUGGAACUGAAUGGGCUUGCUAUGAAAAGGGGAGAGCCUGCCAUCUACAGGCCAUUAGAUCCAAAGCCUUUCCCAAAUUAUAGAGCUAAUUACAACUUUCGGGGCAUGUACAAUCAGAGGUAUCAUUGCCCAAUACCCAAGAUCUUCUAUGUUCAGCUGACAGUAGGAAAUAAUGAAUUUUUUGGGGAAGGAAAGACUCGACAAGCCGCUAGACACAAUGCCGCAAUGAAAGCCCUUCAAGCACUGCAGAAUGAACCUAUUCCAGAAAAAUCGGCUCAGAAUGGCGAAUCAGGAAAAGAAAUGGAUGAUGACAAAGAUGCAAACAAAUCUGAGAUCAGCCUAGUGUUUGAAAUUGCUCUGAAGCGAAAUAUGCCCGUCAGUUUUGAGGUUAUCAAAGAAAGUGGACCACCACAUAUGAAAAGCUUUGUCACUCGGGUGUCAGUGGGUGAAUUCUCCGCAGAAGGAGAGGGAAACAGCAAAAAACUCUCCAAGAAGCGCGCUGCAACCACUGUCCUACAGGAGCUUAAGAAACUUCCACCUCUUCCUGUGGUUGAAAAGCCAAAACUAUUUUUUAAAAAACGCCCUAAAACAAUAGUAAAGGCUGGACCAGAAUAUGGUCAAGGAAUGAACCCCAUUAGCCGCCUGGCUCAAAUUCAACAGGCCAAAAAGGAAAAGGAGCCAGAUUAUGUUUUGCUUUCGGAAAGAGGAAUGCCUCGACGUCGGGAAUUUGUGAUGCAGGUCAAGGUAGGCAAUGAAGUUGCUACUGGAACAGGACCUAAUAAAAAGAUAGCCAAAAAGAAUGCUGCGGAAGCAAUGCUGUUACAACUUGGUUAUAAAGCAUCCACUAAUCUUCAGGAUCAGCUUGACAAGACAGGGGAAAACAAAGGAUGGAGUGGUCCGAAGGCUGGGUUUCCUGAACCAACAAAUAACACUCCAAAAGGAAUUCUUCAUUUGUCUCCUGAUGUUUAUCAAGAGAUGGAAGCCAGCCGCCACAAAGUAAUCUCUGGCACUACUCUAGGCUAUUUGUCACCCAAAGAUAUGAACCAGCCCUCAAGCUCUUUCUUCAGUGUAUCUCCCACAUCGAAUAGUUCAGCUACCAUUGCCAGGGAACUCCUUAUGAAUGGAACGUCUCCUACAGCUGAAGCCAUAGGUUUAAAAGGAAGUUCUCCUACUCCCCCUUGUUCUCCAGUACAGCCUUCAAAACAACUGGAAUAUUUAGCAAGGAUUCAAGGCUUUCAGGUUCACUACUGUGAUAGACAAAGUGACAAAGAGUAUGUGACCUGUCUGACAUUAGCCCCUGUGCAGAUGACUUUCCAUGCUAUUGGAAGCUCCAUUGAAGCCAGCCAUGACCAGGCAGCUUUAAGUGCCUUGAAACAAUUUUCUGAACAAGGAUUGGAUCCGAUGGAAGGGGCAAUGAAUAUUGAAAAAGGUUCUCUUGAAAAACAAGCCCAGCAUCUGGGGGAGAAAGCGGACAAUAACCAGACACACCCGGGCUCCAUCGCUCAGGAUUGCAAGAAAUCAAGGUCGGUCAUCUAGCAGCUCCCAGAACCACGGCUGCCACCGCAUCCUUAUAAACCUGUCAGCACGCAUGAGGGUGUCUGUGUUCGAGGAAAUGAAUGACUAAUACCAUUAUUUGAGUCUGAUGUGAAGACAACACUCUUCUAACACAAGAGAUAAUAUACAUAGGACUGUUUAUUCAAUUGGGGGGGGGGGGCAGGGAAUCCAACUUUGAGCCUUUCCCCAGGAACUUGAGCUCCCAUCCUAGCUCGCUUGCCCAGAGGCAGCAGAAACCUGAUCCUGCUACUGAAGCUUAACAUAACAAUUAAUGAAAAGUGUUAGAAACCGAGGUACAGCUUGGAAACGGGGUUUGGUUCUGUUCCGAUUGUUUUGUGGUGGCGCUUGUUCCGUGAUAGUCUUUCUCUCUCUCUCUCUCAUUUUCAACCAUGCCUGACGAUUCAAAGAUUAACCAAUGACGUGCUGUGGAAUGUGAUGGUCCUUGUCCUCCUCUAGAGUCACAGGUCUCUCUUUUUAAGCAGAUAUUUGUAACCUUCAUCCUCCAUCCGUAUUAAUGACUUCAAGGCCCAAUCCCUCAAAGAUGUCUGUAAACAAACGUGGUUGAAAUCAGGCCAGACAGGGGGUGACAGAAACGAAACAAGGUUAGGAACGGCUAGUUUCUGCAGACGCCGGGGAUUCCAAAAUGAAACCCACACGUGGGUUUUGAACUCCACCCUCCCGAGGAGCCACGAAGGGGGCGACUUGCCUCUUGACAGCCAUUUCUGUGGAUUCCACGCUCUCCUGUGGUGGAAAUUGCGCCCACCCCAUCCGUGUGUCGUAGCCACUCACUGUCCACAUCCAGAGUGUCUUUGAUCACAGCCUCUGCCCUCGGGGCAGUGAGUGGGAUCAAAAUAAUGUCCAUGGCAGGAAAGGCCAAGCCUGUCGGAGGAGCCGCAGCGGUCUCACCAGCUUGCAGCCAGCCACACUCUGGACCAGCAUGUGGGAAACCUGUGUGUAGCCAAUGCAGUAAAAAA